AUGUCGUCCAAGCAAGGUCGGCGUCGCUCCGAUUCCCGUCUCAUUUUUUUUGGUGUGCUGCUAUGAAUAUGUGCUUACGUGCGUGAAUGAUCGAUGUGUGCAGGCGGGAAGGCGAAGCCGCUCAAGCAGCCCAAAUCGGAGAAGAAAGAUUACGACGAGGUAUUUUUUUCUUCCGACCUUUUCAUCUGUUAUCAUUGACAACUGAUUGCAUCCGUUUUUCGGUUCUUGGCAUGAUCGUGAGUUGUACUGUUGUUCCCUGAUUAUGUAUUCGGAGAUGUCGAUUUGGUGAUUAGACCGGGAUGGCUUUUCUCACAUCUGUCCGUAUUUUUUUCCGUUAAUUGUAAAGGUGAUUGAUUUCUGUCUAACGAGCACUUGCUGUAGUUUAACCUCGGCCUUUUUUCCUGGGGCGGAAGAUUACGUUCGGACGUCAUUUUUUUCUAUAAGAUGUUUGGAAAAAAUAGCUGUUGUUUUUAUUGACUGCCAAUGAUUGACGCCAUUAUUUUAAUGGUUAGUAGGGUAAUGGAUUAUUGGGCAGACUUGAAUGGCGGACUGAAUUCCCAGCCGCGGAGCUUAUACAUGAUUCCAGGAAGUCUUAUAAUCUAAUUUUUAUAAUUUAAUUUAUUGAUUCUAUACGCGGAUGGAUGGAUGGAUGAAUAAAUGGAUUUUUAUCCCUACUUUUGCCCAACCUAUUCCAAAAUGGUGUGACAGUUUCCUUCUUCAAAGGAUUAACCCUAUCGGAAUCAUAUUGAUCACCAUUGAAUCGCAAUCAUUGAGCUGCAUUUCGAAUAAUUGCGGUGAGUGCUAGACACCACUUGCAUCUCUUUUUAGCUGUUUAAGAUUCUAAAAGCAGCCAUACCGGAUAUGCCUUUCGUGUUUCCACCUCGCCUCUAUCUGAAUCAGAUGCUUUUCGAUUCCCAUAUAUUUAUCUCGACAUCUCCUACAGCUGCAUGAGCAGAGAUCCUGCCUGAAUUAAGUAUUGGAUCGAGAUCAUGGUAUUUUCUGUCAAUCUAUGAAGACAUUUGUCAUCCCGAAGUUGAAUUUGUGCCGAGUUCAACCGCUCAGAUAUUUAUUCUCCAAUCAUUUUUAUUAUCCUGCCUUUUCUCACUGAUAUUCUGACUCAGCUCUCAUUUAUGUGGAUCUGUCAUCACAUUUAUCUCAUUAACUCUUUUCAUGUUUCCAGCAGAAUAUAAACUUGUAUGGCCUAUUUGUAAAACUCGCAAUAAGCCAUUUUUUUCAUGUUAUUGAUAGAUUUUGAUGCUGCUUAAUUUCAUUCGACCAACUUUCACUUUUAUUCCCCUUAGUGUUCGAAAUGACCCUUAUAUCGGUUUUCGUAGGCGGACCUUGCCCAUCUUCAGAAGAAAAAGGAUGAGGAGAAGGUAAACAACUCUUCACUCACUAACUAACCCAGACUUCCGCUUAAAUAUACUUCAUUUUUUAUUAUUUACGGUCCAAUGAUCAAACCUUUUUGUGGGAAAACAGGCCCUCAGAGACCUGAAAGCCAAAGCAUCACAGAAGGGAUCAUUCGGCGGAUCUGGGCUCAAGAAGAGCGGAAAGAAGUGA